UGAAGUUACGCGAGGAAUGGAUAUCGGUAACAAUGGCGGCGUAUAAAAAGCUCAACACACACAUUAGAUUGGUACUAUAUAAGAUACGAGUGAACGAGUGAUCACCGACUGCGAGAAUUCCGGCUAAAUUGAUUUCUCUUCGCCUCUACCUUCUCGCAAGAUUUCUCUCCUGCUGCACAACCCUAAUUUUCAUCAGUGUUUUCUUUAAUUCUACAUUUUCGACCUCUCCUCGGCGCAGCCAAUUGUUGAUUUUCUUAUUAUUUUUUUUCAAUGGCUAAAGGCUCCUUCAAGUUGGAUCACCCACUAGAGAAGCGGCGGGCUGAAUCUGCUCGAAUCAGGGGCAAGUUCCCCGACAGGCUUCCGGUUAUCGUGGAGAAGGCCGAUAGAAGUGACAUACCCAACAUUGAUAAGAAAAAAUAUCUUGUUCCUGACGAUCUGACUGUCGGGCAAUUUGUUUAUGUUGUUCGAAAAAGAAUUAAACUCGGUCCUCAGAGCGCUAUAUUUGUCUUUGUCAACGAGAUUCUUCCUCCCACUGCUGCAUUGAUGUCUACGAUUUACGAGGAGUAUAAAGAUGAGGAUGGGUUCCUAUACAUGACUUACAGUGGUGAAAACACAUUUGGUUCAUUCUGAAGAUGAUGAAGGAAUGGUGUAUAGACCUCCAAGUAACUUGUAAAUUAUUUCUAUUCUAUUUAUCUGAUCUUAAUUAGUCUUUUGGAAGAUUGAUUGAUUGUCCCAAGUGGUUUCAUCUCUUUUGGAUUUUGUUAUUUUUAAUUUUCAGUUGCUUAUGAUAAAGUUCUUGAGUUCGUUCCCAUUUA